UCUAAGGCGGAUCUCACCAAUCCUACUUACAUCGAAGCUUACACUCGUGAUCAACCAUGGUACACUGUUGGCGGAUUCCUCACCAAUUACUACAUCCCACUGCUGAAAAUGAAAGUUGUCAAGGCUGCAGUGAUUUUCAUCACUAUUUGUGGGGUCAUGUUUGGUUUGUAUGGAAUGUACACCACGACACUUGGAUUAGAAUUGGCCGACGUACUGCCAGAGGACACUGCACCAGCCGCUUUCAUGAGUACGCUGGCACCAGCGCAGUUGAACGGAACAGCUCCUCCACCUGUCUGUGCUUAUCACAUCUCUGGCGCCAGUGGCCAAGAAAUUCAUAACGUUCGUGUCGGCGAACAAGUCAAGCAUGAAUGGAUAUGCACGUCAUCUGUGCCAAAACCUGACAAAGGGAAUUCUCCUAACGAAGGGAAUUCUGCUGUUGAAAAGGGAAAUUCUUCGAAAACUACAGAAGUUUCUGUAAACCUAGAUGAACCUAGACUCACUAGUCUAGGCGGCCCAUACGGCCCAUAUUCAUGUUACUCCUUCUGUACCUCCUUACACCUUUUUUCAGAGCUAUAUGCAAUGUUAGUUCACUCGUGCUACAUCGAAGAUGGCGCUGGUCAACGUUAUCAGGUUAUCGAUGAGCACGGGUAA